AGUAGUAGUAGUAGUAGUAGUAGCAGUUGCAGUAGCAGCAGUAGCAGUAGUAGUAGUAGUAGUAGUAGUAGUAGCACUAGCAGCUGUAGCUGUAGUAGUAGCAGUUGCAGUAGCAGUAGUAGCAGUAGUAGUAGUAGUAGUAGUAGUAGUAGUAGCAGUUGCAGUAGCAGCAGUAGUAGUAGUAGUAGUAGUAGUAGUAGCAGUAGCAGCUGUAGCUGUAGUAGUAGCAGUUGCAGUAGCAGUAGUAGCAGUAGUAGUAGUAGUAGUAGUAGUAGUAGUAGUAGCAGUAGCAGCUGUAGCUGUAGUAGUAGCAGUUGCAGUAGUAGUAGUAGCAGUUGCAGUAGCAGUAGCAGUAGCAGCAGUAGUAGUAGUAGUAGUAGUAGUAGUAGCAGUAGCAGCUGUAGCUGUAGUAGUAGCAGUUGCAGUAGUAGUAGUAGCAGUAGUAGUAGUAGUAGUAGUAGUAGUAGUAGCAGUUGCAGUAGCAGCAGUAGCAGUAGUAGUAGUAGUAGUAGUAGUAGUAGUAGUAGCAGUAGCAGCUGUAGCUGUAGUAGUAGCAGUUGCAGUAGUAGUAGUAGCAGUUGCAGUAGCAGUAGCAGUAAUAGUAGUAGUAGUAGUAGUAGCAGUAGUAGUAGUAGUAGUAGUAGCAGUAGCAGCUGUAGCUGUAGUAGUAGCAGUUGCAGUAGUAGUAGUAGCAGUUGCAGUAGCAGUAGCAGUAGCAGCAGAAGCAGCUGUAGCUGUAGUAGUAGUAGUAGUAGUAGUAGUAGUAGCAGUAGCAGCUGUAGCUGUAGUAGUAGCAGUUGCAGUAGCAGUAGUAGCAGUAGUAGUAGUAGUAGUAGUAGUAGUAGUAGCAGUUGCAGUAGCAGCAGUAGCAGUAGUAGUAGUAGUAGUAGUAGUAGUAGUAGUAGCAGUAGCAGCUGUAGCUGUAGUAGUAGCAGUUGCAGUAGCAGUAGUAGCAGUAGU